AUGGCACCCGUAGCUCUCGAGAAGGAGGACAAGGCGCGAGACGCCGCCUUCAACAAGGCUCUGCACGGCAACUCGGCCAAGGCCAAGGGAGGCAUUGCUGCCAUGUUUUCCAAGGGCUCCGACGCCAAGAAGGCCGCUGUCGACGAGUACUUUAAGCACUGGGACAACAAGCCCGCCGAGAACGAGACCGCUGAGGAGCGUGCCGCGCGAACCGCCGAGUAUGCCACUCUCACGAGACACUACUACAACCUGGCGACGGAUCUGUACGAGUAUGGCUGGGGCCAGUCUUUCCACUUCUGCCGAUUCUCCCAUGGCGAGCCCUUUUACCAGGCCAUUGCCCGUCACGAGCACUACCUGGCUCACACCAUUGGCAUCAAGGAGGGCAUGAAAGUCCUCGAUGUCGGCUGCGGUGUCGGUGGCCCUGCCCGUGAGAUUGCAAAGUUCACUGGCUGCCACGUCACUGGUCUCAACAACAACGACUACCAGAUCGACCGAGCAACCCACUAUGCCCAGAAGGAGGGCCUUUCCGAGCAAUUGGCCUUUGUCAAGGGUGACUUUAUGCAAAUGUCAUUCCCUGAAAACACCUUUGACGCUGUUUAUGCCAUCGAAGCUACCGUUCACGCCCCCACUCUGGAGGGCAUCUACGGCCAGAUCUUCCGCGUGCUGAAGCCUGGCGGUGUCUUUGGCGUCUACGAGUGGCUUAUGACUGAUGAAUACGACAACAACAACCUGCACCACCGCGAGAUCCGUCUCGGAAUCGAGCAGGGUGACGGCAUCUCCAAUAUGUGCAAGGUGUCCGAGGCUCUGGACGCCAUGCGCGCUGUUGGCUUUGAGCUCCUCAGACAUGAGGAUCUCGCUGACCGGCCCGACCCCCUCCCCUGGUACUGGCCUCUGUCCGGUGAAUUGAGAUACAUUCAGUCGGUCGGAGACAUCUUCACCAUUGUCCGCAUGACCACCUGGGGCCGCACCAUUGCCCACAACCUGGCUGGUCUGCUGGAGAAGAUUGGCCUUGCCCCUGCCGGCACCAAGAAGACGGCCGACAGCUUGGCUCUCGCUGCCGACUGCCUGGUUGCUGGUGGCCGCGAGCACCUGUUCACUCCCAUGUACCUGAUGGUUGGCCGCAAGCCUUCCGCUUAA